ACAACGGCUACCACAUAACCAGAUGACUCUCGAUAUCCUGCAGUUCAUCGACAACAAGGGGGGUAACUCUCAGGAGAUUCGGGAGUCCCAGCGUAGUCGUGGCGGAUCGGUCGAGCUGGUCGAUGAAAUCAUCCAGAUGUAUGCAGAUUGGGUGAAAAUGGACUUUGACGCGAAUCAGAUCAAGAAAGAGUGGUGCAUGAUCGAUAACCGACUUCGAGCUUCUCAAAUCUCUCAGGCCAAAGACUCUGCAGAUGAGCUUGUGGCGCAGAAGAAGGAGUUGGAUACGAAAGUGGAUUCUCUCAGGAAAGAGGCGAAGGAAUUUGAACUGACGAUGCGUCGUAAAGCAAGCACUGUGGGCAACAUCGUCGCAAAAGGCGUCCCUGUCAGCUUGACUGAGGAUGACAAUGUCACCAUUCGAACCUGGCACCCGGAACAAGAGAACGAUGAACCGCCGGUACGAGCCGGUAUCAUGCCUCAUCAUGAAGUUCUCCUCAGACUCGACGCUAUGGAUUUGGACCGUGGUGCAAAGAUUGCAGGACACCGAGGCUACUUCCUCACAAACGACGGCGUAGAUCUGAACCAGGCUCUCAUUGCUUACGCUCUCGAUUUCCUGCGAGGAAAGGGAUACAAAAAGAUCCAGCCGCCCUUCAUGAUGAACAAGGAACAGAUGGCCAAAACCGCACAGCUGGAUCAAUUUGACGAGGAACUGUAUAAAGUUGUUGGCUCGGACGACGAGAAGUAUCUGAUUGCAACUUCUGAGCAGCCAAUUUCUGCUUUCCACUCUGAGGAAUGGUUCGAAUCGCCAGAAACUCAACUUCCAAUCAAGUAUGCUGGCUACUCAACAUGCUUCAGAAAAGAAGCUGGUAGCGCCGGACGCGAUAUGUGGGGAAUCUUCCGAGUGCACCAGUUCGAGAAGAUUGAGCAGUUCCUCCUGACCGCACCCGACAAGAGCUGGGAGGCAUUUGAUUCGAUGAUCGAGAACAGCGAGGCAUUCUACCAAAGUCUUGGGAUCAGAUACCGCGUUGUGGCCAUCGUUUCGGGUGCUCUCAAUCUCGCUGCUGCCCAAAAGUUCGAUCUCGAAGCUUGGUUCCCUUUCCAGAGAGAGCACAAGGAGCUGGUUUCUUGCUCUAAUUGCACGGACUACCAGAGCCGGCGGCUCGAAGUGAGGUGUGGGAUCAAAACGAAGGAUCAGGCGCGUAAGGUCUACGUGCAUAUGCUCAAUGGAACGCUUUGUGCAACAGAACGGGCUCUGUGUUGUAUCGUGGAGAACUACCAGACUGAUGCGGGACUCCAAAUUCCGCCAGUGCUGCAGCCUUACAUGCAGGGACGGACAUUCUUGCCUUUUGUGAAGGAACUCCCUAAGAGCCUGCAGCAGAAAAAGCAGAUAUAACUUGUAUCGUGUAGACUGACUGCUAUGAUCGCUUGAUGAUUAUACGGAGGCUGAUACUGGUACAUCCAUCAUUUCGGCGUUGCACCCUUUGAAUCUGGUGUAUAAUGCAAGCUGAGCGCAGAACAUUUGAACGCAGAAUAAGUCCCGGCAUCAGGCGCGUCAACGCUGGAAAAUCCAAGUUCUCGCCUGGGGUGCACCGCGACAAAUUGGGCCACGUGCCCACCGGUGGCUACCGAUGGUAUGUGGAGGUGUGGAGAAAGGAGAUGUGGGGUCAAGAUCUUACGUCACGAUCUUUCCUUGUUGCUCUUACACCCAUGUCUCGCGACAUUCGCAACCCUCUACUAUUCGAAUGUGCCUGGGAGGUUGCCAACAAGGUCGGCGGCAUAUACACAGUCAUCAAGACCAAAGUCCCAGUCACAGUCAGUGAAUACGGCGACCGAUACUGUCUCAUUGGCCCGCUCUCGUAUAAGUCCGCGCCGAUGGAGGUAGAGGCCGAGGAUCCCACCGAUCCGCACCUCGCCGCGACAUUGGAUUCAAUGCGCUCGCAGGGCGUGAAGUGCUUGUAUGGACGUUGGCUCAUCGAAGGCGCGCCUCACGUUCUACUAUUCGACACGGGCUCGAUGUAUAACCGUCUUGACGAGUGGAAGGGCGAUUUGUGGAACCUCGCUGGUAUUCCUUCCCCGCCCAAUGACACAGAGACGAACGAGACCAUCGUAUUUGGCUACAUCGUCGCGUGGUUCCUUGGGGAUUAUGUCUCCCGCCAGCUCACCACUGCUGUCGUGGCUCAUUUUCACGAGUGGCAAGCUGGUGUUGCGAUUCCUUUGUGCCGGAAGCGCCAUAUCGACGUCACCACCGUUUUCACCACUCGCUACCCUUCUCGGUCGCUAUCUCUGCGCCGGUAGCGUCGACUUUUACAACAAUCUCCAAUACUUUGACGUUGAUCACGAAGCGGGCAAACGCGGCAUCUAUCACCGCUACUGCAUAGAGCGCAGUGCGACGCAUUGCGCUGACGUUUUCACCACGGUUUCUCAUAUCACAGCCUACGAAUCUGAGCAUCUUCUCAAGAGGAAACCCGAUGGUGUCGUUCCGAACGGGCUCAAUGUCGUCAAGUUUCAGGCCAUGCACGAAUUCCAGAACCGCCACGCGACCUCCAAAGCCAAGAUUGAUGAAUUUGUCCGGGGUCACUUUUACGGUCACUACAACUUCGACUUGGACCACACUCUCUACAUGUUUACUGCAGGCCGUUAUGAAUAUCGGAACAAGGGUGUCGACAUGUUUAUUGAGGCCUUGGCUCGUCUAAAUUAUCUCCUUCAGAAAGCAAAUUCAAAAACAACUGUGGUCGCUUUCAUCAUCAUGCCUGCCGCAACACAUAGCUACACUGUUGAGGCGCUGAAGGGGCAAGCUGUCACCAAACAACUGCGGGACGCGGUUACCGAGAUUCAGAACCGCAUCGGCGAAAGACUGUUUGAAACCGCGGCAAGAUUCCAAUCAGAAUCAUCUGCUGGUUUACCCGACGUCUCCUCUCUUCUGUCGGACGAGGAUCUCGUACUGCUUAAACGUCGUAUCUUUGCCCUCAAGCGCAACAGUCUGCCUCCUGUAACAACCCACAACAUGGCAGACGACAACAACGAUCCGAUACUGAAUCAAAUUCGCCGAGUUCGCUUAUUCAACUCUGCGUCGGAUCGCGUGAAAAUCGUUUUCCACCCAGAUUUCCUCAACAGCUCGAACCCUAUUCUUGGGCUAGACUACGAGGAAUUCGUGCGAGGCACGCAUCUCGGGGUUUUCCCGAGCUAUUACGAGCCUUGGGAUACACUCCAGCGGAGUGCACUGUGAUGGGCAUACCGUCAAUCACGACAAAUUUAUCUGGAUUUGGGUGCUUUAUGGCGGAUCUGAUUGAGCGUCCUCAAGAUGAAGGAUGCUACAUUGUUGACCGCAGAUCACAGUCUGUCGAGGAUUCGGUGCAGCAGUUAGCCGAUCAUAUGCACUUGUUCACGCAGAAACUCGUCGACAGCGCAUUAAUCAGCGUAAUCGUGUUGAGCGUCUUUCGCCGCUGUUGGAUUGGAAGAAUUUGGGAAUCGAAUACAGCAAAUCGCGACUGCUGGCUUUGAGAAGGGCUUAUCCGACGCGUUUACCGACGAAGCUGAAGAGG